AUGACAUAUUAUAAAUUAAAGAGACCUCACAGUCCCGUCAAUAGUGGCGAUUCUAUUGGGAUAUUAGAUUAUAAACGUAUUAAAUUAAUUGAAGAUUUUGAAAGGCUUUCUUUAUCAGAUAAUAAUGUAGUUAAGUAUGACAGGGACUCUUAUAUUAAAGACAUGGGUAACCCUGUAACAAAACUUGUUAAGGCAAAGAUUAACCUUCCGAAGUCAGUUAAAAAUAAAGUUAUUAGAAAAAUAUUGUCUGCACACCGAGAUAAGGAUCAAAUGGAUGGCGAAGUGCUUAUUUACUCCAGGAUUUAUGAUUGGAUAAAAGAGGACUCUAUGAAAUUGAUUCCGUGGGUAGAUUGGAAAGGUACAAUAUAUAAAAUGUGGUUACAUUGGUAUCAAAAUACUGUGUGGAAGCCAACUUAUAAAAAUUAUUUACCUUUGUUCGAUAAUGAAGGCGAUUAUGAUAUUAUGCAUAACUUCAAUGAGAAUAACUCAAAUAAUCACGCCAAGCACAUUUUGGACAAUAUAGACAUGGAUAUAGACAUGGAUUAUUGA